CAUAAUGGGCUAAUCCUCCGCAUGCGUGAAGCGAGCUUGUGUCAAAGGCUCAAAACCAAACCGCCAUCUGUCCGCGCCACAGACUUUUGUGACGAGCGCACGACGACCGCAUCGCACUUUUUACGCACAGCGCGUAAAGUCCACCCGAGUCUGAGCGGCUCCUUGUGCCCGUGUGAUGGUUUGAUGCCCGACGUACAUCUGCAUCCACGUCGAGGUGGAUCCACACGUUUCCAGACCUCCAGAGCUGGAUGAUCUCUCGCCUCCGCCGCGCGUAAAACCAAACUCAGCGCGCGGUCCUUUUUCUUUCUUCCAUCUCGGAUAUUUGAGCUGACAGAAGAAGAUGGGGACAUUCACAGCUUCUCCGGAGCUGAACCAAACUUUGGGGGUUUGGACGGACUACAGCCUCCAGUACAAAGUGACGAGCAGUUUGCUGCUUCUCGUCAUCUGUCUGCUGGGCAUCGUUGGGAACGUGAUGGUGAUCCUGGUGGUGCUCACCACCAAACACAUGAGGACUCCCACCAACUGCUACCUGGUGAGUUUGGCUGUGGCGGAUCUGAUGGUGCUCACGGCGGCCGGUUUGCCCACCAUCACGGACAGUGUGUUCGGAUCCUGGGUGUUCGGACACUACGGCUGCCUCUGCAUCACCUACUUCCAGUACCUGGGGAUCAACGCGUCCUCCUGCUCCAUCACCGCCUUCACCAUCGAGAGGUACAUCGCCAUCUGUCACCCCAUCAAAGCCCAGUUCCUCUGCACUUUGUCCAGAGCCAAGAAGAUCAUCCUGUGCGUCUGGGCCUUCACGUGUCUGUACUGCGUCAUGUGGUUCUACCUGUCGGACAUCCAGGAGCUGGUGUACGACAACAUCACCAUCACCACCUGCGGCUACAGGGUCUCCAGGAAGUUCUAUCUGCCCGUUUACUUCUUCGACUUCGGCGUGUUCUUCGUGGUGCCGCUGCUGCUCUCUGCGGUUCUGUACGGACUCAUCGCCCGGAUCCUGUUCCUCAACCCGCUGCCCUCCGACCCCAAGGACAAGAAGAAGAACGGACCCAACGGCCACAACCACAGGAGCGUGAGCUGCAAGAACUCCAGACACUCCAGCUCCACCGCCACCUCCCGCAGACAGGUGACAAAGAUGCUGGCCGUGGUGGUGAUCCUGUUCGCCGCGCUCUGGAUGCCGUACCGCACCCUGGUGGUGGUCAACUCCUUCCUCGACCGGGCCUACCUGGACAACUGGUUCCUGCUCUUCUGCCGGAUCUGCAUCUACCUCAACAGCGCCAUCAACCCGGUCAUCUACAACGCCAUGUCGCAGAAGUUCCGCGCCGCUUUCCGCAAGAUCUGCCGCUGCAGUAGGAAGGGCUCGGACAAACCCGCCGCCUACAGCAUGGCCCUCACCUACAGCGCCGCCAAGGAAACGUCGAUGGUGGAGAGUACCGACCACUUCACCACGGAGCUGGAGGAGCUCACCGUCACGGACGAACUGCUCUCGGAUCAGAAGAUGAUGUAUCCCAAUCCCUGCGUGUACGGGAAGGUGAACUUCAGCGACGCCUGAGGCUUGUUUGAGGCCAGAGAGACGAUUCUAAGGAUCAACCGACGAUGAAAAAGUCUCUUAAUGGAGUGCGUUCAGUGGGAGGAUUGGUCCUUGAGUGCCUGCUGACCUUUUGAAAGGCGGGCUGCUGUAGCUAGAGACGUAAACGAAGAUUACAGACACUGAUGCAUGAUGACAGUCUCCGAGGCACAGAGCCCGGACGUUGUGUAGAAUCAAACAUUGACAGAUAAGUGCUCUUUUAUUGCACGGCUGUCAUCUUGUCUCGUACCUGACCUCGUCAUUUAUUUGUAAAUGAGCCAACAAAACAGAGUCGCGAACAAAUGCAUCUCUCUCACCUCAGAUAUACGUUGUUGCGUCGCAGUCCGGAGCAGCAGAGUCUUUUCUCACGUUGGCAGAUCCAAGAAGCGGCGAUUCGCCAACUGUUUGACAUCGUGUGAACUUCGACGACAAGAAAUCCUGCGAUGUGACGUCAGUAAACUGUUCACGACACAUUAAGUGAUGUGACAGGUCAGUGAGGCCUUAACGCCGAAGGGAAACAAAAACAUGACACAACCAAACAGAUCAAUGCCGACACGUCUGGAACUGGAUUUACUUUCUGCACCACAGGGAAUCGACCAUUUUCCUCAAAAAACUGGUGUAUUUUCCCACCAAAACACACCCUCACCCUGUGCAGCUGCAAUAAGCGAGAGCCAUGCUGCUGUCCCACUGUUUUCAGGGCCAGCGCUCCAUUCAUGUUUUGAGUCACACCUGAACCUUUCAUUCACAAAACAGGCCCCGAGUUUUAUUGUGAAGGUCGUGAACGCAGCCUCGAGCGCGAUGUGAAAACCAACAGAGGCUGUGACGAGAGCUGUGGGGGGGGGUUCGUCCACGGUCUGAGAACAAGAGUGUACAAAGGACUUUGUUACUUAAAUGAUAUUUGCUGCUUUGGCUGCCGACGUCUGUGGUGUACGUACUUUACAAAAGAGGUUAUAAGUUGUCAAUAGUUUGUAGGAACAAGCUUUGAGUUCCUGGUGUUUUUCUCAUGCAGCCGUUCAAAGGAAUAUUCUUUUUCGUAAAACCCCAGUCUUCAAGGCUAUUUAACAAUUUUGAGAAAUACUGUUUCAAUCGAUUUUCAUAAAGUAGAACUAUAGAGUAUUUAGAGGCUAAGCCUAAAAUGAACGCCACUGAGGGGCUGCAGACAGAUUGUACAUAUUUCUCUUUUACACCAAAACUAGCACACACGUCUUUUAAAGGAACAUAAACCCACAAAAAAAAGGAUUGACUCCUUUCCCAGUGGAGGAGUUUGUGUUCUUCAUGUCAGCAUCGUUCUCCAUCCAGCAACAACUGUCCAUACAGUAAAAGGUGACGAAUAACCCAAAGCACAAUGUGGUGUCCUGCAGACAAUUAGUCUCCUAAGGAGUAAUUGUAAUAAAAAAUGUUCAUUCUAGCUUGGUCACAACUUAUAACCCUUUAAAAAAGAUGCCUUGUUACAACAAGGUUUAUGAUUCUUGUUGGAGCAGCAGCAUGAUUCUAUUUAUUGUUUCCAGUGUGAAAGUCUGUAUAUAUUGUUCCAGAGAGUGAAUCAUGAAUCGACCCGUCAGUGUUUGUGAUUUCAAGCCGAAACAGAGUGAACUUUGUUGUUUUUUUGUGUGUUUUGUAUCUUUCAAUCUGUGGAUUUGACAAACGGUCGCUCGGCUCGUCUCGCUCUUCGGUUGUGGAAGUCGCCGGUGAGCAGGUGACCGCGGCUGCGUGGACGUGAUUUUCCUGACAGAUCAGAGACGGUUUGUGAGUUUGUGAGCAGACGCUGUCGCACACAGGAGAUAAUUGGGCAGCGGAUGAAGCUCCGGCUCUGGAACGAGCUUCAUUUAUUACUAUAGACGGAACAAAUCACAGCCACAGCUUCUGUUUCAGGAUGAACAAACACUGCAGAAGCCUCGAGUGUCGGUAUCUGUGCAUCUGUUAUUUCUGCUUACUCUUCUGUUCGUUGAGCUGAAAAGAGAAGUUUGCUGUAUAUUUUCACGCCGCUCUUACUUUCAUUAUUAAUAAUAAUAAUAAUAAACUUAAUUUGUA